GGUGGAUUAAGUUAGUUUUUGUUUUGCCAUCGUCUUCGUGUGAUGUGGAGCUGUUUUUUUCCUUCUGUGCGAUUUCAGCAGCUGGUCAUGUGAAUUUUCUAGUGUUAACCGAAGCGAAACCUCUCGUCCAUGAUGACUUCCGAUUGGGACAAAAUCAAGCGGCUCGCUUCCGACUUCCAGAAUGCUCAGCUGACGACCAGCUUCCAAAGGUUGUCAGAAUUGCGUCGAAGUGGUCAUGAGAAGGGCCUGCUGGAGGUGAUUUACACGAUCGAUGGCAAGGUGCGGGACGAGAUGUUUGUGCGGGGAGGCCGCAUUAAUCUGGUCGAUUUGGCCAAUGUUCAGUGAAGAGUUGGCGGAGCAAAGAUGAUUAUUGCGAACAAGAUUGUUUUUCCCUGGGUGGCGGAGGAUGUGCAGCUGCUGGAACACCACGAUGGACACGAAUGUGGCGGAGCUGCGAUGGGGUAAAGAAGGAGGAGGAAAAGGGAAGGACAUCCGAGUAGGAAAAUGAAUAAAAAUGCAAAGUGUUUAGAUAUACA